UCUUUGUUCUAAAUGUGGUACGGUCCUUUUCUCGUCCCUCAAUGGUUGGCGCCGGGUGGUGUCCACAUGGCUUUCUGAGUAAAAUCCCCUUGUAUUACUAAAAAAAUUACGAUUCUUCUCGCUGCUUGAUCGGAAAGAUUACAUCAAUGGACGAAACAGAAGAUAUGGAGGCCGAAAUGGACUUUGAUGAUGGUGAAGAGCCAUCAUUCAGUGAUCCAGAGGAUUUCGAGGAUGAUUUUAGUGAUCAGGAGCUUAUGGAGGAUAUCCUCAAGGAUAGACCUACGGAGGCAGAUGGCAUUGACGCCGUCGUAGUGGUGGACAAUGUUCCCCAGGUUGGACCAGAGCGUGUGGAGAAACUCAAAAAUGUCAUACACAAGAUCUUCUCUAAAUUCGGCAAAAUUACAAAUGAGUUUUACCCUGAUGCUGAUGGCAAAACCAAGGGGUAUAUAUUUUUGGAGUAUACUGCCCCCUCUCAUGCGCAAGAAGCAGUGAAGAAUGCAGAUGGGUACAAAUUGGAUAAACAGCACACUUUCCGUGUCAACCUUUUCACUGACUUCGAUAAGUACAUGAACAUCAGUGACGAAUGGGAGUCACCCGAGAAACAGCCCUUCAAAGAUUUUGGUAAUCUGCGCCACUGGAUGGAGGAUCCUGAUUGUCGUGAUCAGUACAGUGUGAUUUUUGAAGCUGGUGAAAGGACGGGCAUAUUUGCCAACGAUGCCAAAGAGGCCCUCACAGUGGAGGAGAGAGCGCGCUGGACUGAAACCUAUGUGCGGUGGUCUCAUAUGGGCACCUAUCUCGCUACAUUCCAUCAGAGGGGCAUCGCGUUGUGGGGUGGGGAGAAGUUCAAGCAGAUUCAGAGGUUCAGUCACCAGGGUGUGCAACUCAUUGACUUCUCACCCUGUGAAAGGUACAUGGUCAGCUUUAGUCCCCUCAUGGACACAAAAGACGACCCCCAAGCUAUAAUCAUCUGGGAUGUCCUGACCGGGCAGAAGAAGAGAGGCUUCCAUUGCGAGAGCUCUGCUCAUUGGCCCAUUUUUAAGUGGAGCAAUGAUGGGAAGUUCUUUGCCAGAAUGUCUCAGGAUACUCUCAGCAUCUAUGAGACACCAUCCAUGGGUCUCUUGGAUAAGAAGAGUCUGAAGAUCAAUGGCAUUAAGGACUUCUCUUGGUCACCUGGUGACAAUAUCAUUGCCUUCUGGGUCCCGGAGGACAAAGACAUCCCAGCUAGGGUGACUCUCAUGCAGCUGCCAACCAGGAAUGAGAUCAGGGUUCGCAAUCUGUUCAACGUGGUGGACUGCAAGCUUCACUGGCAGAAAAAUGGCGACUACCUAUGUGUGAAAGUCGACAGGACCCCUAAAGGCCAACCGGGUGUUGUCACCAACUUUGAGAUCUUUCGGAUGAGGGAGAAGCAGGUCCCUGUUGAUGUCGUGGAGAUGAAGGAUGGUAUCAUUGCCUUUGCCUGGGAGCCCAAUGGAAGCAAAUUUGCUGUGCUUCAUGGCGAGUCUCCCAGAAUCAACGUUUCUUUCUACCACGUCAGGAGCAAUGGAAAGAUCGAUUUGAUCAAAACGUAUGACAAGCAGCAGGCAAACAGCAUCUUCUGGAGUCCCCAGGGUCAGUUCUUGGUAUUGGCUGGAUUGAGGAGCAUGAACGGUGCUUUGGCCUUUGUGGACACCUCUGACUGCACCAUGAUGAACUUUGUCGAGCACUACAUGGCCUCAGAUGUGGAAUGGGACCCCACCGGUCGUUUUUUGGUGACCUCUGUCUCCUGGUGGAGCCACAAGGUGGACAAUGCCUACUGGCUGUGGACCUUCCAGGGCCGUCUGCUGCAGAAGAACAGCAAAGACCGCUUCUGCCAGCUGCUGUGGAGGCCUCGGCCUCCCGUCCUCCUCGGCCAGGAGCAGAUGAAAACCAUCAAGAAAGACCUGAAGAAAUACUCAAAGAUCUUUGAGCAGAAGGAUCGUCUCAGUCAGUCCAAGGCCUCCAAGGAACUAAUCGAUAAGAGACGUUCCAUGAUGGAGGAUUACCACAGUUAUCGCGAUACUACCGCCAAGAUGUACCUGGAGCAGAAACCUCUCCGUCUUGAGCUCAGAGGAGGAGUGGACACGGAUGAACUGGACAGCAAUGUGGAAGACUGGGAGGAGGAGACCAUUGAGUUUUUCAUCAGUGAAGAAAUUUUUCCCUUCGGAGAGCUGUAGUCCCUAAAGCAAAGUCUUGGCGAUUUGGAGAGGAAUUGGUGUGGAUCGAAAAAGCACCAGUUGUCUCUCUGUCUGGGCCUCGGGGAUCUUAUCCUCCAGUGUGUAAUCCUUGUCUGACAUCAAUCGCUAGUGCCUUUUAAUAUUGGUUGCUGCAGUGGGAGAAUCGUGAGCCUCUGUAGGUUAGCUUCGCACCUGUUCCAGUUCCAACAGGAUCUCACUCUGUCUCCAACACUUUGGGCCACAUCUUGACUCAGUCUGUUCUUUUUUUAGAUUUGACAUUUCAAUUGUUUAAUCUUUUCAAGGUAAUUGAGUAAAAACAUUUUUUAACAUUUUUUUUUCUUUUCUUUUUUUUGUAAUAUCAAAGGCUGAGGUCUCGACAUGUCACGACGUGCCAUGAACUUUUUUCACACUGCUGAGUGGAAAGAAAAGUGUUGGUUUCAGAGGUUUUUCCGAAAGGAUCAAAUGUAUUCUAGUGUGCCGACAUGGCACUACAGCGGGCUGUACCCUCCCCCUUUCAGAUUACCGAAUAUUAAAAUGUGCGCGAAGACAAAUAAAGAAUAUAUUUACAAAUGUA